UCGGGCACAGUCCAUCGGAGCCUCUGGCAGCGCGGGCAGUCACCAUGGCCCCUGCACAGGUCAUCUGCGGCAAAGCCGCCUCGGCGAUUUUAUAUUGCCACCCAUCCCUGGAGGAUCUGAGUGACUCUAAAGCUCAGCCUUUCUAAAAUCAGUGUUUCAUUCUGUGGACACAACUCAUGGCACCUGGAUCUCAGGGUACCCACAAUCAGGCAAAUAAGAGAGAGACUGAAGACUCAAGUUGCUCAGAUGAAGGAGAGAGUCCCUGGAUUCAGACCAGGGCUUGCAAUUUUGCAGGUUGGGGAUCGGGAUGAUUCAAAUAUCUACAUUAGUAUGAAGCUGAAGGCUGCUGCUGAGAUUGGGAUCAAUGCCAAUCACAUUAAGCUACCAAACACUGCAACAGAAGCUGAGGUGCUGAGGUGCAUCACUGUUUUGAAUGAAGACCCUGCAGUUCAUGGAUUUAUAGUGCAGUUGCCUCUAGAUACAGAUAAACCCAUCAAUACAAACAAAGUGACCAAUGCUGUUGCACCUGAAAAGGAUGUAGAUGGGUUAACUAGCAUCAAUGCUGGGAAACUGUCCAGAGGUGACCUUAGAGACUGCUUCAUCCCCUGUACACCCAAAGGAUGCAUGGAGCUUAUCAGACAGACAGGCAUCCAAAUUGCAGGUAAAAAAGCAGUGGUGGUUGGACGCAGUAAGAUAGUUGGUGCUCCAAUGCAUGACCUUCUCCUGUGGAGCCAUGCAACUGUAACCACUUGCCACACAAAAACGACAGCAUUGGCUGAGGAGGUUAGUAAAGCUGAUAUCCUGGUGGUUGCAGCUGGUAAACCUGAAAUGGUAAAAGGGGAAUGGAUUAAACCUGGUGCUGUAGUAAUAGACUGUGGAAUCAACUAUAUACCAGACAGUACAAAACCCAAUGGGAAAACAGUAGUAGGAGAUGUGGCUUACAGCGCAGCGAAGGAAAGAGCUUCAUACAUCACCCCCGUCCCUGGUGGUGUGGGACCUAUGACUGUGGCCAUGCUAAUGCAGAGCACAGUUGAGAGUGCACAACGUUUUCUAGAGCAGUUCCAACCUGGGAAAUGGAGCAUCCAGUACAACCAGCUCAGCUUACGGACUCCUGUGCCAAGUGACAUUGAGGUAUCUCGAUCUUGCGUACCCAAGCGCAUUGGUCAUCUCGCUAGAGAAGUUGGCUUGCUCUCCGAGGAGGUGGAGCUCUACGGUCAGACCAAAGCCAAAGUCCUGCUGUCAACUCUCAAACGCCUGAAGGACCAGCCAGAUGGCAAAUAUGUUGUCGUAACAGGCAUAACACCUACACCCCUAGGAGAAGGGAAAAGCACCACUACGAUAGGCCUGGCUCAGGCCUUAGGAGCACAUCUCAAGCUAAAUGUGUUUGCCUGUGUCCGACAGCCUUCUCAGGGACCAACCUUUGGCAUAAAAGGUGGAGCUGCAGGUGGUGGAUAUUCGCAGGUUAUCCCCAUGGAGGAGUUUAACCUUCACCUGACAGGUGACAUCCACGCCAUCACAGCAGCCAAUAACCUAGUAGCUGCAGCUAUCGAUGCUCGCAUGUUCCACGAGCAAACUCAGUCUGAUCAGGCUCUUUAUACCCGCUUGGUGCCUUCGAUCAGUGGUGUUAGGAAGUUCUCUGAUAUUCAGAUCCGAAGACUGCAGAAAUUGGGUAUUGAGAAAACUGACCCUGGGACAUUGACGGAUGAAGAGAGAAAAAAAUUUGUGAGAUUGGAUAUUGAUCCAGCCACCAUAACAUGGCAAAGAGUGAUGGACACAAAUGACAGGUUCCUGCGGAAGAUCACUAUCGGACAGUCUCCGACAGAGAAAGGCUUCACGCGAACGGCCCAGUUUGACAUCACAGUGGCAAGUGAAAUUAUGGCAGUCUUGGCACUCACUGAUGGACUAGGGGAUAUGAGAAGACGAUUGGGCAAAAUGGUGGUAGCCUCUAGCAAGAAUGGAGAGCCAGUGACUACAGAUGAUCUUGGAGUGACUGGUGCACUGGCUGUCUUAAUGAAAGAUGCAGUUAAGCCAAACCUCAUGCAGACAUUAGAGGGGACUCCAGUGUUCGUUCAUGCUGGACCUUUUGCCAACAUCGCACAUGGCAACUCAUCCGUCCUGGCAGAUAAAAUUGCACUGAAGCUCGUGGGUCAGGAAGGCUUUGUUGUAACAGAAGCAGGUUUCGGAGCAGACAUUGGCAUGGAAAAGUUUUUCAACAUUAAGUGCCGAUAUUCUGGCCUCCGGCCCCACGUGGUUGUGUUGGUUGCCACUGUCAGAGCUCUGAAAAUGCAUGGAGGAGGACCCACUGUCACUGCUGGGGUACCCUUGCCAAAGGAAUACAUUGAAGAGAAUCUGCAGCUCUUGAAAACAGGUUGCAGUAACUUAGGCAAGCAAAUCCAGAAUGCCCGGACCUUUGGCACUCCCGUAGUUGUGGCUGUCAAUGCUUUCAAAUCUGAUACAGAGGCUGAGCUGCAACUGGUCAUUCAACUAGCAAAAGAAGCUGGAGCGUAUGAUGCGGUGAAGUGCACUCACUGGGCAGAGGGCGGGAAAGGAGCUGUUGCUCUGGCUCAGGCCGUUCAGAGAGCCUCACAGGAACCAAGUAACUUCAAGUUUCUCUACAAUGUAGAGCUCCCGGUUGUAGAGAAGAUCAGAAUUAUUGCACAGCAGAUUUAUGGGGCAGAGGACAUUGAGCUAUCUCCAGAGGCAGAACAGAAAGUUGUAGUGUACACUAAGCAGGGUUUUGGAAAUCUGCCAAUCUGCAUGGCUAAAACUCACCUGUCGUUGUCUCAUGACCCAGAGAAGAAAGGCGUGCCUACAGGCUUUAUCUUGCCUAUCCGAGACAUCAGGGCCAGUGUAGGUGCUGGAUUCUUGUAUCCAUUGGUAGGAACGAUGAGUACUAUGCCAGGGCUUCCUACUCGCCCCUGUUUCUAUGAUAUUGAUUUGGAUCCAGUGUCAGAACAGGUGAAUGGGCUGUUCUGAAAAGAAAUGUUAACCAAAGCUACCAGAAGAUUACUUGAUGAGUAAUGCAAACUCAGGUAUACCCUGAUUUAAGACAAAAUAAGAUAUGGCUGAGAAAAUGCAAUACAUGAAGUGACUGGGAGAAAGGAGCAUUUGGAAAUACAUGCAUUUAUUUUUUUAACCUGAAUAAAUUUUAAAAAAUAUAUUUUAUUUCAGGCUAACUUUUAGUUCAGUGAGCAUAAGAACUUGUAAAUCUUAAACACUGAUGUUUUUUUAAUUAUAUUGCCUUCAUGAACCUAUUGCUCUUACCUGUCAUAAUUGCAGAUGAAGCAAAAUACAAAACCUGUUUUUAAUACCCUCUUUCUAGCUCUGUGAUUUUUACCUAUUAAAAUGUAACAAUAAAAUUGCUGUUUCUUGA